AUGAAGUUUGCCAUUUUUUAUGCCACCCAGCGGACUGAUGAGGAAGUGACCGAGAAUGACGUCGAAUGGUUCGUCCAGGCCGUCGAAGGCUGCAGUCUGCGAGAAGACGUACGUAAUCAGGCUCUCAUGAAGGCUCUAAUUGAGGCUGAAAAACUUGCCCUACUCCCAUACAGUUUCACCGUACUCAUCGGACCAGCACUGCCUGCAGAUUGCAACUUUGUUUUCGACUGGAUCAGACAGGGCGAUGUUGCAGACCUCAUUGGUCUCUACCAAAUUCAAUAUAACUGUCGUAUGAAUGGGUUGGUUCAAACCUCUGUGCAAGUAAACAUUUCGCAUCCGCAGGAAAAAUCGGCAAUAGACAUGGUGGCCCUCUCGAUGACUAUCCAGAUUUCCACAUUGCUAUCAUCCUUAAACGUGCUUCUGCGACACUACGGUUGGCAGAGAAUUGCAAUCUUCUAUGAAGUAAGUCUGGAAAGCCUGCAGAAUAUACCACUGGCGGAACGUUUUCGGGGCUUUUUUUCUUACGUGUCAGUGGCUACGGAAACCCUGAACAUUGUGGCCUUUCGAAGCCUUCGUUGGGGUUCGCAGCCAAGUUGGUAUCUGCAAAAUUUCACCAAUCCCGUCGAUGGUGAGUAAAGUUUGGUUCAGUAAAUUAACAAAAGGUCAUCGUGACAACACAACCUGCGGUUUAUCGCAAUUCCCGCCAUGUAUUCUAGCAGAAUUAGGUUUUCUUUACUAGUCUUGUCCCCAAAUAGAAUGCAUAUAUGUGACUAAACAUUUACAUCAAACCAGGCAACAGUCACAUUUUAUUUAACAUGUGGGAAUUAACUACAAGACAUAAUUUUCUCGAAAAAUUGAAAAGGAAUCUUUUUAAGAACCUAUUACGCAGCGACUGAUCGUCUGUUGCGCCCUUGUUGUAGAAUACUCUCUCACGUGUGAUACAGUUAUCUGUGUGUUAGGGUUAUAUGUUAGUUUGUGGGCAAACGCCUUCUGACCAUAAAGCUUUUAACUUGAAUCGAUCGUCCGCAGGUCAACAGAGCUCACUUCUGAUGCCACUGAAAAAGCUCCAGGCUGUACAAGAGAGGGUUAUUGGCGAAAUGUUUUAAAAAUUAGACUUCAAGAAGAUUCCUCAAAUCACGGCUGAUUUGGUGAACUUUAAUUACUUUCGCCGGUCGAACAUGCACUCAUGAUUACGGAAUUUCUUAGUUGCCCGGAGGACAUAAUAAAAUCUGGGAAUUGCCGUCAUGCGUAGCUCCUGGACGUGUCUGUUUUCCACUACGAUUAAAUAGAAAGACGAUCUAAUAAAAGACGAGUUACUGCAAGACAACUGUGUACAUUUCCCAGUGAUACAAGGAGGAUACGCAAAAAGGAGGAAUGGAAAAAAGCAUGUAGGUACUGACGCAACAGUGCUCGGAGAUUUGUUUGUUUUGUUUAGAAGAAAACAGUGUGCUCCACGAAGUACGCUGUUGAAUAACUGAAAGUCAGCUCUAACCUUAACGUUGUGCAUUUUGGAAGGUCUUGAAGCCUAUCACGGUGUCCGGUAAGAUGUGGUUAUGUAGCCCCACCUGAUGGACAUAAUGCUGUUGAGGUUAUGGCUAGGGAUUAGGGUUAGGUUUGGGGAUUAGAGUUAGGGGUUAGGACCACUAUCUCUAAACCACUCAAAGUACAACCGCGCAUUACCAUGGGGCUCCGUGACGAGUCGUCAAAACGCAAGUGUACACAGUAAAUGAAUGAGAUUUAAGCGCAAGAUUGUUGUCAGACUAAAAAAUCACAAAAUCUGCUGACGAAUUUUCAAAUUCGGACGAAUAUGCGGUAGUGUCUGUAAUAUUAAAAGGAGAAAACUAUCAGAUCUAGACGGGAAAUAGUAGAUUCAUCCCUGAUAGUGCGGCACACAUGCAUCAACUUGCAAGCAAUUAAAAACUUACCUUUAUAACCGAACAAAGAUAAGAUGAGUCGUCAUUGUCAUUAAAUAACUAGGUAAUUCAUCCCUAGUAAAUGCAUGUGCUAACAAAGCCCUUAUCCCAGUACAUACUCUACUCUGUUUUUUCUGGAUCUGCCGAUAUUGAUGAUACUGGGUGUCGACGGAGUAGAGAGGCUGUUAGCCAGAAUUCCAUCGCCGGGUUCAGCUGAUUUUGACUAUUUGUAGGUUGUGAACCGACGUAACCAGUUGGUCGGUUGUCCCAGUUUUCAUCUAUGGAGUUCUUUAAAUUCCACCUUUUGAGGUCAGGCCAAGUUAACUUACUCAGUAGCCAAUAUCAUUGUGCAAUCAAAUGGUUGUAAUAACUUGGGCAACUUAUAGAACUACGAUGGUGCACAAAGGAAUAUCGUUUGCAUGUGAGCAAUACACUUGAAGUGACUUUGAAUGAAAAAGGCUUUCGAAUCAAAAGGUCCCAAGCGAUUUUCAGUCUUUUGGUUCUUCAUGGGUACAGUCCGUCCUUACAUCACACCCGUGAGGCCAAUUUUCGUCCGCGGUCCCUAAUGCGCUAUGCUUUUGCACAACUCCAACGUUACAUUUCGAAUGCUGCUCAAAACAUGUAUUUUUGCUACACAAUAAAGAUGUGGAUAGGCGUGUCUUUGGGUUACAUACUACUCUGUAAGAACGCAGGCUCAGAUGGGAUCGAGAUGUCUGAGAAGGAUACGUUCUUCUAGACGCCAUUGCAUCUCCAUUUUGAAUGAAACCAACCUAGCGCUUACGUGCUCUUUUGUAGUUAUCGGAGAAUUAGAUCGAAUUUCAAGGCCAAUGCCAAAGAUCGCUCCGAUCAAAUGGGCUAAAUAAUUGUUAACGGUGAAGCCAUGCUUGCCUGUGUACGAGUUGUCGUAGGGAAUCGCCAGACCAAGCUCUAAAACCCCGACUCACAAAUCUAUUUCCUCACUGGGUAGUCGAGAAAUUCCACGGGAAAUUCUCGACUGUGUUUGUAAAUAGCGAUUUCUCUGGUGCACGCUCGAUUUAGUAUCUUUAAACUCACAACUGUGGUAAAAGUUUAAAUUAAAACUACUACUAAAAUAACAUAAAGAGAUUACUUUUCCUAGUCAUAAAAUAUACGCAACAUUUUGUAAAAUACGGAGCAGGGAAGGGGGUUUUAUUUUCAAAACUCUCUCCAGAUACCAAGUGCCUUUUAGUGCAUAGUUUUUAUUUGAUGAUUUCAUUUCAACCAUCCUCUAAUGCUUUAUGUUAGGGCCUCAGCCACUUUCGAAAUCGGCAGAUUUAAGGCAAUUUGCUCACGCCCUUCCCAAGCUUUUCUUCCUGGUUUUCAUGGACAACGAGAACACAGUGGAAGGUUUUAAAAUGUGCAUUAAAAAUAAGUCUUCCAUUAAAAUAGCUUAGUUGAGCGCCUGGUAUUCAGGUUAGAGUAAUUGAAACAACGUAGGCGUGAUGGAAGGCGUUUGUAACUCUGAAGUACUCGAUGGGACGCUAUAGUUAGGAACACCUUCCAUCCAGUCACGAAAUCCAUACACUGUGACUAUCGCUGACUCCGAAGCAGUAUCGAAGUAAAUCAAAUAAUGGCGCAAACAGAUAUGUCAUGUGUUUGCUGUCGAAAAGUCUAAGCUGCAAAUUCCCCGGCCAAAAGAUGUAGAUUGCCACUUCUCCGGUAAUGACAACCCAGUGCCUUUUACAUGAAGACCUUUAACAUGAAACACCUUUUGUACACGUGCUAUAGCUACUUUCGGCAAAAACCACUGAUUGUCCACUUCAGGGAAGCAGAGUAUUUAAAUGUAAACGCAUCAACUACAGUUGGAUUUGGGAGAGAAUUAUUGGAACGUGGGCAUACUUAAAGUUUAUUUGAUGCAUUUUAAUUCACGAAAAACAUGAUUUCCUCAUUUUUUCCUUUUAUAGCCAUUUUACUGAUAGCCAGGCCACCAAUAGCCGCUUUCUUCCUCUCUGCUGUCUCAAAUAUGGCACCAAUUCGAGAGGGCCGCAUCGCUAUCAUUCAACUCGACCCCUCCAGUGCUAUAACUUACGAUGUCCUACGCUUUUGGAGAUUGGUACUGUCAAAUUCGUCCGUCCUCGGAGCUGCCUGUCAGAGUCUUAUCAUUAUGAGUGCCCUACCCUCCGGCAUUGGAUACGAUGCUUCGUCAGGCAUCUUAGAUUCAGUAAGUGACAGUGCAAAUCGAGUGAGACAAGUCUACGGCUGA